UUUCAGGAUGACACUUGUGCUUGGACCCCCGGAGUCUGGAAAGUCAACGUUUUUGAAAGCCUUAUCGGGAAAAUUAGAUUCGAGCUUAAAUUUUGCAGGAAAAGUCACGUACAAUGACGAGAAGAUGGAUCGUGGCAUCCUGCAGAGGAUGUGUGCGUAUGUUGGUCAACGCGACCUCCACCACGCCGAGAUGACUGUGAAGGAGACGAUUGAGUUCGCUCGACGAAUGCUAAAUGCCGGAAAUCAAUCUGGAUAUUCUCAUCACCUGAUGGCCUCGCAAGAGAUGGGCGCAGGAAAGAACGAAGGGGUUGACUCGAUUGCUGAGGGAAAAGAUCACACGAGAGAAGAUGAAGGGGACUUUGUGGUCAACUAUAUUCUCAAGAUAACUGGCUUGGAUGAGUGCGCCGACACACUAAUAGGUGAUGAAAUGAGAAGGGGAAUAUCUGGAGGACAAAAGAAAAGAGUCACCAUAGGAGAAAUGCUAGCGGCACCAGCACAAUGUUUUUUCAUGGAUGACAUUUCAACUGGGCUUGAUAGCUCCACUACAUUUCAGAUUCUCAAGUAUUUGCAGCAGUUGACGCAUGUUUUGGAUCUCACCAUGGUUAUAUCUUUACUUCAACCUACUCGAGAGGCAUUUAACCUGUUUGAUGACAUAAUCCUCUUAUGUGAGGGGCGAAUUGCUUACCAAGGACCACGACAACAUGUUCUUGAAUUUUUUGAGUCAAUGGGCUUCAAAUGUCCUGAUAGGAAGAACGUCGCCAACUUCCUUCAAGAGGUAACAUCGAAGAUGGAUCAAGAACAAUAUUGGGUGAAUAACAGAAGCACAUACCAGUACGUACCCGUGCAGAAGUUCUCAGAUUCCUUUGGCUCUUCCCAUUAUGGCCAGCUUCUUCAGAAAGACUUGCACAUGCGAUACAGCAGUAAAAAGAGUGAUCAGAUGAUCGGAAUAAAAGAAAGAUAUAGCAUCCCAAAGUGGGAUGUAUUCAAGGUCUGCUUCUCAAGGGAGAAGUUAUUGAUGAAGAGGAACUCCCCAGUUCACAUAUUCAAGGCCAUACAAAUAGUACUCUUGGCUAUUGUGAUUAUGACAGUUUUCUUUCGAUCAAAAAUGAAACAUCAGACAAUUGACGAUGGGAGCCGUUAUAUGGGAGCCAUUUUUGCUGCAGUAGUUAUAGUGAAGUUUAACGGCAUGACAGAGUUGGCAAUAAUGGUAAAAAGACUUCCUAUCUACUACAAGCAGAGGAAAGUAUUAAUUUUACCAGGAUGGGCACUCCUUUUAUCUAUUACAAUCCUUAGUAUCCCAAUGUCAUUCAUUGAAACAGGUCUGUGGACAAGUUUAACAUACUACAUGAUUGGCUUUGCACCAUCAGCAGUUAGAUUCCUCCAGCAGUUCUUGGCUUUGUUCUGUGUGCAUCAGAUGUCAAUGGCACUCUUCCGUUUUAUAGCUAUUAUUGGGAGAACACAACUUAUGGCAAAUACAAUUGGAACUGCCUCUCUAAUAGCAAUCUAUAUACUUGGGGGAUUUGUCAUAUCAAAAGAUAGCAUACAGUCAUGGUUAAUUUGGGGUUAUUGGUUCUCUCCUGUAACAUAUGGUCAGAAUGCAGUAGCAAUCAAUGAAUUUCUUGAUGAAAGGUGGAGUAUGAAUUCCGAGGAUGGAGAAAGCACUAAUGAUACAAUUGGGAAAACCAUCCUUAAAUCGAGAGGGAUGUUAACAGAAUCACACUGGUACUGGUACUCUGUGGCAAUAUUGCUUAUAUUUGCACUGGUCUUCAACAUUUUCGGCAUCUUCGCGCUUGAGUACCUCAAAGCUCCCAAAAAGAGGCGUGCCAACAUGAAAAUGUGGCCUAAGGAUUUUAAGAAGAUCAACAAAGCUGAUGACCAAGCAACUUCAGCAGCAUCCCAAAGUAGGAUGUCUCUACCAUUCCAGCCUCUGACAAUUGCAUUCAGCAAUAUUAGUUAUUAUGUUGACGUACCUAAGCAAUUGAAGAAAUUUGGAAUCAAGGAGAAGAGACUCCAGUUGUUAAAGGGUGUUUCUGGAGCUUUCAGACCUGGAGUACUAACUGCACUCAUGGGGGUCACAGGUGCUGGGAAGACAACAUUACUAGAUGUUUUGGCAGGAAGAAAAACAGUUGGGCACAUCGAAGGAAGCAUCAACAUAUCUGGAUACCCUAAAAAGCAGGAGACCUUUGCUAGGGUUUCAGGAUACUGUGAACAAGUAGAUAAUCAUUCUCCUUGUCUAACAGUUUUUGAAUCUCUAUGGUACUCAGCAUGGCUUCGUCUGCCAUCCCAAGUCGAUGGGCACACAAUAAGUAUUUUCAUAAAUGAGGUAAUGGAACUGGUUGAGCUCAAGUCAUUGAAAGAUGCAAUGGUAGGUUUGCCAGGAAUAAAGGGACUUACAGCAGAACAACGGAAACGUCUGACGAUAGCAGUGGAGUUGGUUUCAAGCCCUUCUAUCAUAUUCAUGGAUGAACCCACAACAGGUUUAGAUGCUCGGGCUGCAGCAAUUGUCAUGAGAACAGUCAGAAAAACAGCAGAUACCGGGCGUACAAUAGUGUGCACAAUCCAUCAACCAAGUAUUGAGAUGUUUGAAGCUUUUGAUGAGUUAGUCCUAAUGAAACAAGGAGGGCAGUUAAUAUAUGGAGGACCUUUAGGCAGUUUAUCGCAAAACAUGAUACAAUACUUCGAAGAUAUUCCAGGAGUGCCACAUAUCAGAGAUGGUCAAAAUCCUGCCACGUGGAUGUUGGAUGUCACUUCUCCAGCCAUGGAAUAUAAGCUUGGCAUAGACUAUGGAAUCAUCUUUAGCAAGUCAUCUUUGCACAUAGAGAACAUGAAAUUGGUUGAUGAGCUGAGCAGAAGAAAAACGAAUGAAAAAGAUCUACACUUCCCAUCCAAAUAUGCAAAAAGCUUUUGGUCAUUGUGCAUCUGCUGCCUAUGGAAACAGCACAAGUCUUACUGGAAAAAUCCAGAGCACAACAUAGUUCGUUUCAUCAUCACAAUUACAGUAUCAGUCCUAUUUGGCAUAGUCUUCUUCAGAAUUGCUACCAAGAUAAGGACCGAACAAGAUAUUUUCAACAUUCAAGGAGCUAUAUAUGGUUCAGCACUGUUUAUAGGCUUUGCAAAUGCCAGUAUAUUACAACCUGUUGUGGAAAUGGAGAGAACAACAUUUUAUCGUGAAAGGGCAUCCGGGAUGUAUUCUUCUAUGACCUAUGCCAUUGCUCAGGUGGCCAUUGAAAUUCCUUAUAUCAUAGUCCAGGUGCUUAUUUUCUCGAUAAUAGUUUACCCAAUGAUGGGAUUCCAAUUUGUAGUAGCAAAGUUCUUCUGGUUCAUGUUCUUCAUGUUCUUAAGCUAUAUCUACUAUGCACUCUUCGGGAUGAUGACAGUGGCAAUAACACCUAACCAAGAAAUAGCAGCUGCUCUUUCGUUUUUCCUCUUUGUCUUAUGGAAUAUCUUCUCAGGUUUCUUCAUUCCCCGAAAGAUGAUACCAAGUUGGUGGAGAUGGUAUUAUUGGGUCGAUCCUGCUGCAUGGACUGUUUAUGGUUUGAUGGUUUCACAAUUAGGAGACAAUGUUGAUCUUUUGCAUGUUGCUGGGAGAUCAGAUGAGACUGUGAAGGAGUUCCUUAAGGAAUAUUUUGGUCUACAGGAUAAAUAUCUAUCACUCAUUGUGUCUCUUCAUGUUGCAGUUAUCAUAUUAUUUCUUUUCGUCUUUGGAUUCAGCAUCAAGAAUCUGAAUUUCCAGAAACGAUAGGAUAAGAGUCAUGAUUAUUCAUGCAACCCAAAUACAAGAAAGAACUUUUAUACAAGGAAAGGGCAUCAUUAAUUUGUAAAUAUUGGGAUGCUAGUAAUAGUCGCUCUCUGUUUCUCCUUAUUUUCUCUUGAUUAAAGUUAAAUUACAGUGAUAAAUACAGGAUAAAUAUCUAUUA